UGGAUGACGCAGAGCUAUUAGGAAAAAAAAGCAUUUGGCCCGUGUUUCUCUCUCUCUUCCUCUCUCUGUGUCCGACAAGCCUUCACGAAAUCGGAAGCCAAUGGAGGAUAAAUUGGCUCGUCGGAGUCUUCUAUCCACCGGAGAUGAUGGUCACGAUCGGCGAUGAGACGUUCAGGGAUGAGCUGGAGCAGGAACUAUUCAGCCUAAGAAAAUUAAGUUUGGUGUUGAAGCUCGAGCUUUUGAUGCUUAAGGGUGUUAAAGAUCUUGCAAUGGGUCCAAAGGGACGUAAUGUUGUGAUUGAGCAAAGUCGGGGUGCUCCUAAAGUGAUAAAAGAUGGUGUGACAGUUGCCAAAAGCAUUGAAAAGCAAGAACGUUGGUGCCAGGUUGGUUUUGAGGAAAGAUGUGAGCAGAUUAGGUCAGCAAUUGAACUGAGCACCUCAUAUUAUGACAAGGAGAAACUGCAAUAACGGUUAGCUAAGCUAAGCUCUCUGGAGGUGUUUCAGUUUGAAGAUUGGAGGAGUAUGUGAAGCUGAAGCUGGUGAGAAGAAAGACAGAGUGACAGAUGCUUUGAAUGCCACUAAAGCAGCUCUUGAAGAGGGAAGUUUGCUAGGUAUGUCUCCUCUGGUGAAGAAAUAGUAUCAUCAUCGUCAUCAGGUGCUUCUAUAUAUAUACGAUACGAGGGUCACAAAUUUGUCAGCAACUAAAAACAACAUCAACACAGUCUCUUAACACUUGUUCUUCGUCUUCCUGGAGAACCAUCCGUGUAUCUCCGAUCAGAGUCCCAUCGAUUCAUCUCUGGUCCAAGCAAAGACGACGAUUCUCCUGAAGGACGAAGAUGCUAUUCAGCAAUGAUAUUUUCAUAUAGUAUUUCAAUUUAGUAUUUCUUAAUCAUAUAGUAUUCGUACAUGUAAAGAUAAUACGAAGAAUGUAAGUGUCGGGCGCGCUCUCAUAUCGUUAAAAGUUUAUAAUAUUAAUGUCUCACAGCACCUCAUGUGGACGGUACCA